GAAACCAACCAAGGUUUUUCCUGAGUUUCUACUGCAGGAAUAACUCGAGCUCACCCUUCAUACAGCCACCAUGUCUCUGACCAAGACCGACAAAGCUCUCAUUGCUACCAUUUGGGCCAAGGUCAACACCCAGGCAGAUUCCAUUGGUACCGAAGCCUUGGAGAGACUCUUUGCCAGCUAUCCCCAGACCAAGACCUACUUUCCCCACUUUGACCUGCACCACGGCUCAGCCCAGCUCCGUGGCCAUGGCUCCAAGGUGAUUGGUGCUAUUGGGGAUGCUGUCAAGGACAUUGACAACCUGGAGAGCGCCCUGUCCAAGCUCAGCGAACUCCAUGCCUACAUCCUCCGAGUGGACCCCGUCAACUUCAAGCUCUUAUCUCACACCAUCCUGGUUACUAUUGCUGCCCGCUUCCCUGCUGAAUUCACUGCAGAGGCCCAUGCUGCCUGGGACAAAUUCUUGACCAAAGUGAGCGCCAUCCUGACCGAGAAGUACAGAUGAGCUUUCUGGACCCAGAGGCCUGGGAAGACAAAGGGGAUUUCACUGUCAUUGAGCUCUAGAGUUUCAUCUCACUUUUUUGUUCCUUUGUAUUCUCGUCCUUCCCCAAUACAGUUUUGUCCUUCGUGACAGAAUGCAUAAUUAAUCUGCCUAAUAAAUAGACAGACAAAUGAAA